AUGUUACAGCAGUUUUUAAGAAGAGUUCACUUCAGAGAUCCCACCGGAGAAGAGGUCUACUUUAAAGAAAAUGGAGAGAUGUCCUCAGUGUAUCACGUAAAGAAUCAGAUUUUUUUAUCAAAUGGAACCAACAUAGAAAAACAUGUUGCAAUCAUUGAUCUAUCAGCUCCGGAAGGGAAACAGCUCAACAUUCGCCAGAGGCUAAUAACUUGGAAAUACAACACCAAGGAGGUUCCUUAUUCUCGUUGUUCCAAAGACUGUCUUUCUGGAUAUAGAAGGGUUUUACAAAGGGGAAAGCAUACCUGCUGCUUCGACUGCGUCCCGUGCUCAGAGGGAGAGAUCUCCAAUAAAAUAGACAAGGACUCUUGUCAAAAAUGUCCAGAUGACCAGUGGCCAAAUGAGAAGAAGGACAAAUGCGUUAAGAAGCCCACUGAGUUUUUAUCAUAUGAUCGGGAUCCAGUUGCACUGGUUCUUUGUAUAAUCUCUGUUACCUUAUCUGUCAUAACCUUGGUUAUCUUGGUUAUAUUUAUUUUGUACCGAGACACCCCCAUUGUCAGAGCUAAUAAUAGGAAUCUCAGUUUCGUCCUCCUGGUCUCCAUCAUCCUGAGCUUCCUCUGUGUGUUUCUGUUCCUCGGUCGUCCUGUGGAUAUAACCUGCAUGCUGCGCCAAACUGCUUUUGGGGUCAUCUUCUCAGUAGCUGUGUCUUCUCUGUUGGCCAAGACCAUCAUGGUUUGCAUCGCUUUCAAAGCCACCAAACCCGGCAGCAAAUGGAGAAAAUAUAUUGGAGUCAAAAUACCCAAUUAUGUUGUGUUUAUCUGUUCAUUUAUUCAGGUAGUCAUUUGCAUCUGCUGGUUGUCUAUUUCCCCUCCGUACCAGGAAAUGAACACUCACUCCUACCCUGGAAAGAUCAUUAUUCAGUGUAAUGAGGGGUCAGUGGUUGCCUUUUACGCUGUUCUGGGGUACAUGGGCUUCCUGGCCGCUGUGAGUUUCGUUGUCGCUUUCCUGGCCAGAAAAUUACCGGACAGUUUUAAUGAAGCCAAGUUCAUCACCUUCAGCAUGCUGAUCUUCUGUAACGUCUGGAUCUCUUUUAUCCCGGCUUAUAUGAGCGUUUCAGGGAAAAACACAGCGAUUGUUGAGAUUUUUGCAAUAUUAGCUUCUAGCUUUGGGAUUCUUGGUUGUUUAUUUUUUCCUAAAUGCUACAUUAUUCUUCUAAGACCAGAUAUGAAUUCAAAGAAACACCUGCUAAGAUUGGAAUGUUAA